CAAACCCCACUUUUCACCACUUAUAUAAACCCCUACACCAGCCCCUCCAUUAAAACUCAAUUGCAGAGAGAGAUCAAAACUCUUCUCAGCUUUCAAAUCUUCAUAAAUCAUGGGUUCUGAAAUUGUUAUGGUUGAUGAAUUCCCCUUCCCUUCAGAGGUCACAGCCAGUAAACCUCUACACCUUCUGGGUCAUGGCAUAACAGACAUUGAGAUCCAUUUUCUCCAGAUUAAGUUCACUGCUAUAGGAAUAUAUUUGGACUCAGAUGUUGUUAAUCACUUACAAUCAUUCAAGGGAACAACAGGGGCUGAACUUGCAGAAGAUGAUUCGUUCAGCGAUGCCCUCAUCCAAGCUCCUGUCGAGAAGUUCUUCCGAAUCGUGGUGAUUAAGGAAAUUAAGGGCUCACAGUACGGUGUUCAACUGGAAAGUGCUGUGCGAGAUCGGCUGGCGGCCGAAGAUAAAUACGAAGAAGAAGAAGAGGAAGCACUCGAAAAACUUUUGGAAUUUUUCCAAGGAAAAUUUUUCAAGAAAAAUUCUGUCCUCACCUAUCACUUUCCUGCUUCAUCAAAAACAGCUGAGGUUGGAUUCAUAACUGAAGGAAAGGAGGAAGCAAAGACCAAAGUGGAAAAUGGCAAUGUGGUGGAGAUGUUGCAAACAUGGUACUUGGGUGGGAGCAGGGCUGUUUCUCCUACGACAAUGGCCUCAUUGGCUAAUGGCUUGGCAGAUUUGAUUUCUCAAUAAUCUCAUGGAUUGACAGCUGUUUCUCAAUAAUCUCUCUCUCUCUCUCUCUCUCUCUCUCUUUUCGUUGGUGAGUGCAUAAGUAGAUCAUGGUGUGGCUUUGAUCCUAGCUGGAAGCCCUUUUUGUCAAAUUGUCUUCCCUUUAUGUAGGUCUCAGGUAUUGGACCAGUUUUACUUCUGGUUUGUCUGCAAAUGAAAAUGAAUAUGUAUGUUUUCAAAAUAUAGAUAGUCAUUUGGUGGCUUUUCACAGG